AUGGUAUGGAGGAAAUCUCGAGAUGGAGCGCGUAUCAUCAGCUUCAGUAAAAGCAGGUGAGUUAACCUAAUGAUGUUGUAUGCUUUUUUUCUGUGGGACGAUCUUUGUUCUGAUUGAUCACUGACAAACCUGCACGAUUAUUUCACCCAUAGCGACUUCUCAACGAUAAAUCACGCUGCACCAUAUGUUAGAUCGCUAUUUUCCCCAAAAUUUCCACGUAUUUCACACCGUCCUAGACCUAGAUUAAACAAGCUGCUCAGUGCACAUACACUACAGCAGUUUGUCGAUGCUAUCUGGGCGAUGGCUUGCUUUUCACUGUAGGUCUGCAUGCAUUCAUUUAUAGAGCAGCGAUCAUUAUGUUGAGUGCUACCUGCAUGUUCUCUAUAAGGUAUUCUUCCUGCAUCAAACCCUGCUCCUGUUUAUUGCUCGGCAAAAUUAGGGGGGAUUUGGGGAAUCCGGUAAAACGGUUUUGAUAUGCACAACAGUCGAAUUACAAGGGCAUCGGGAGCCCAGCUCUGUUGUCUGACAUGCCAGGCUCCUUCUCAAAAUGCUUUCAUGUAAAGGGCCCCCAGGCUACUAGAAAAUAAUCGAUAUGAUGUUGUCCCAGAGAUUUUUAUUAGUGCUGAAUUAGUGUUGAGUUGUGUGCCUGUCAAUGAUGGAGGUGUAGAGAUUGUAAUGGUGGGAGAGGAACAUGAUUAUAGCAAUCAUUCUAAUAGGGCUGCAAUUAGGAUCAAGUCAGUCAAAUGGGAAUUAAAGUAUUCGAUUCCUAGGAAAUGCACAUUUUUGCAACCCACACUCAGAUGCCCAAACACCUGGCAGCAGCAAAAUAGUCUGUUCUUGUAGAUGUAAUAGUUGAAGUAUUUUUGUGUUUUUGAACUCUGUAACUGGUGUUAUAUGUGUGUUAAAAAAGCAAGUAAUAUUUAUUUCCUAUAUGUCCUAUAUUUAUUUGCUUGUUGCAGGCUGAAUUGCCCCAAAACUUGAAGUGAAUCAAACUUGCCUUACAUUUAUUGCAUGGCCCAUUUGUUGUAAGCUAUAAAGGUUUUAUCCACAUCUGUCCCUUUGCAGAGCAGUAGCCGAACAAAAAAAAAAAAGAUGCAGUAAAGCCUGGUGUCAAACACUGGUAAUCUGCAGUUAAAUCUGUGUAACAAAAAGAGAGUACUAUAUAUCAUGCAUUACCUUAAAACGUAGCAUUACUACAGUGAUUCAAAUUAGGGAUUCGAUUUUGUGUCAAAAAUGAAAAGAAUGCAAAUCCAUUCAAACUAAUUCGAUGAACCCAUGUGUAAUUUAAAAGGAAAUGCCGCUCAUUUUAAGAAUUCAUAUCAUCCCUUUGAUCUACAGCAGCCUCGGCAGUGUCUAAUGUUUUUUCUUGCAGGGCUGCUUUAAAGGCUUGAGACAGCUAACCUAGUCUGAUUGCUAAUACUACGGCCCUUUAUGGCUAAUUUGAUAAUUGAUAAUGAUUUCACUGUAGGUUUUGUAUGAAUAGAUUUCUACCUCUGGAUGAUUUAUUAUCAGUGUCAGUGCCGAACCAGAAGAUGUGCCCCAAUCUACACUGUUAAAAGAAGAAGAAAAAAACGAUUCUUUAUCUUUUCCAUUUUAAUGUCUUGGGAGCCGUUCAUCAUUGUCACGUAACAGAUAUGAGAUGGUGCAAGUCCUGUCCUCUUCUGGCUGUGGGGAGCUUUUAGAAGUGUUAAUUAAUGCAGACAAAGCUGGCCCAGGGCAGAGAUGUACAAUAUGUCUCAAAUGAACUUGUGUGAUAUGACUCUGAUUUGUCCUUUUUCACAUAAAAAAAAGCCAAACUGUGAUGAUGUUCAAAUAAGCUAAUGUGCUAAUGCACACCUGUGAAAGGGGACAGGAACUGCCUUUAGAUUUGGUGUUUAUUCCUCCACCAGUGUAAACAGUCUACUGCAGGGAAUAAGUAAAGCCAAUGCAUCACAUCUAUGGCUAAUUAGCUUCGUAUAUGAGGGGGGAAGAAAUUGUCCCUCGACUUAAUAGCUACUGUAGCUUCAUCAGGCUGAUAGAAAGCUAUUUAGCUGCAGUCUUUCACAAUGCUGGAGGCGGUACUCGUCAAUAAGUUUGAUUAGGUUAACAAGCUUGUUUUUGCUUUGUUCAUUGACAAGCCGGUGAAGAUCCUGAUGUCGAGUUUAAUAUUCUAACCGCUACCCUAGCCUAUAAGGAUGAAGGGGGAGUGCAUUUUGGAUUACAAAGUAGUUAAUUGGAGGCAGCACAACACAGUUAGCUCUUUGUAGUUCACCACGGGUGAGCACAUAGUUGUUUACUUAUUUUACAUACAGUGUGCACAUUGGGGGUGGUUGGCUAUCAAACUGUUUCCCAGAACAUACUCACAUGUGAACUUAGUUACCACUUGUCAUUAUAGACAACCUUUUUAUUUAAGGAAAGUGAUUGUGUGUGCUGGAAGCAAAAGUUUGAGUCUUUGCAACAUGAUCACAAGAAUGAUUUAAACACCCAAGGUCAACGAGGAUCAGAAAAUAUGAAUUUGAUAGUGUUUUAAUAUUUUACGCAGAAGUUAGAUAAAAAGACCUUCCCUUUAUUAGAGGGACAAAUGUUAAGUUCUGUUGAAAGAAGUAAGAAAUGUCUUUCAACAGUUGAGACUACGACAAAUCUUGUUCCUAAAGCGAAAUGAAGAUUCCUUUUUGUCUGAUAUUGAAUUCUCCAGCUGCGGAGAAGCCAUCCUCGAGUCUUUCAAUUAACCUGCAAUUACUGGGCUUCCUAAGGAGGGGGGUUUGUGCCUGUGUGGUCCCAUCAGACAUGUUUGUUCAAAGACACUUCCAUUUUGCAUCUUCAUCUCAGUAGCUGGCAGUGCUGCUGAGAUGAAAGACACAAUAAAGAAGAAAACAUUCCCUGUUCACGAUGUGAGAUAUUUGGUGUUUUUCGCAAUAUAAUGAACACUGACACACCACAAUCACAUCACAUAUUUCUCUCUCAGUGUGGUCCUUCUAAUCUCUUGUCGAUGCAUAUUAAAGAUGUGUCAGUCUGCACUCUCUCCACUUUGUUGCUUUUAUAUAAGAAAAGAGGUGCUUAACACCUUUUAUCUUGAGAUGCUUUCGCAGCAUCACUCCAACAUCACGGCAGAUGGAUUUUUCCAAUUUCGUCCAUCGCCUCCUCCACAGAUGCAUGGAGAUCAGUAUUCAGUGAUUUAUACAUUUCAAAGCAUAGAUUUGCUCUUUUAAGAAAGCAAUUUGUCCCAAAAGGUUAUUUCAUUACAGGAUGAGGAGUACUGAUUUCAACGUGUUUUAAAAAAGCUAAAAGACACAGAAAGAAGAUAAUACUGAAGAUGAUACAGUGCAGCAUGAUACAGAAGAGAUUUGAUGCAAUCAUAUUCAAUACAAUGAGAUUAGAAAAGAUUCAGAUCAGGUCAGUAAAGCCAUCAAGAGUUGUUAAGUUACUCAUGUUUGCUGAAGUUAAUGGUAUCUGUCGUCUUCUUUCUGCUUGUUUCAGAUUUAUGUGCUCUGGGAUGAAAAGUGGCAGUUCGGGCGGUCCAUACCUGGCUGAGGUGAACUUGGAUUUGGGAAGCGUUGGAGCCAAAGGCCCAGUGAGUGAUGCCUGUUUAACGGGGUCAGUGCAGACGGACUAAGUGGACACUACAGUGUGCUUUUGAGCUGUGAAGGGCACUGUCUGGCCCAGACCAUGUGGCUGGCUACAUUUAGAGACCAUCUGUUGCCUGCACACCUGCUCCAUCAGCAAGGGACUGUUACCAUCACCCACUGUGCUCUCCUCUGGUGGAUACUAUGUUCUUGCUGGUCACUCACAAAGGCAACAAGCCAAAAGUUCUACCCAACCGUGACAACCCAGUUUGGGAAACUGCGAGGCCUCAGGGUUCCUGUGCCAAGUGAGGUGCUCAGGCCUGUUGAUCAAUAUCUGGGGGUCCCCUAUGCUGCUCCACCUGUGGGUGAAAAGCGCUUCAUGCCUCCCGAGCAGCCGUCCUCCUGGUCAGGUAUCAGGAACGCAACCCAUUUUAUGCCUGUGUGCCCUCAGAACAUCCACAACACCGUGCCAGAGAUUAUGAUGCCCAUAUGGUUCACCUAUAACCUGGACACAGUGGCCACAUACAUUCAGGACCAGAGCGAAGACUGUUUGUAUCUCAACAUCUACGCUCCAACAGAUGAGGGUGAGUUGGUAAAAAGAAAGCGGUGAUUCUCCAAGUCCAUUAGUCACUGUUAUCCUGGCCCUUGUGUUAUCAUCAUAAAGCAUGUAUGUAAUUGAUCAUCAUUCAUGUCAUUGCUGCAAAAGCUGAUUUACCAUCCAAGCUAUGUCAUCCCUGUUCCACCUGUUGUAAUACCCUUUCAAGAGUAAUAGUAAUCAUGUGCUCCAUUACUGUGCAUUUACAAGAAUCUGAUGAUAUGAUGUUGUAAAAUACACAACAGGGACAAACCAAACAAACAAAAUAAGAUAUAACAGGACAUGAUACGAUACAAUACAAUUUCAUACAGUAUGAUGUGGUAUGAUACACUUUACAAUAUUAAGGUUACAGUCCGCAAUCUUUUUUUCUAAUUUCAACGUAAACCACAGCAUGAAACACACAACUAUAUUCAUGUAAACUGGUGGAUAAUCUUGAUAUUUCAUUUACAGAGAACAGUGAGAUCUACAUAACCAUCUCAGAACCUGCAAUAUCCAGCAUCCCAAACCUACUCUAAUACAGUCUGAGCAAAAGAAUUUACACGCCUUAUAGAAUAGUCGAAUAGAAAAAGAAACUGUAGAUUUAUAAUGAAAUAUAUAUAGCGUUCUUCGAAAAUAAUCCCGUCUUUUAGAUAUACAACUUUGAUAAAUAUGUGUAUGGAUAUCAACUCGCAGAAAUAGACUCAUUCUUUAUCAGUUAUGGCAACCCUAAGUGCUGCUUGGAUGCCAUUGGCUGUGUAUUGAUACACAGGGAGGCAUAACUCAACAUUUAUGUGGGGGAAGGGUUUUUUUCUCAUAAUAUCAUCCUAUAAAAUAUUGCUGAGGUAAGGUGUUGUUCAAAAAUUGGUCCACCUAAACUAAGUUUCAGUUUAAAAAUGAUGAGCCAAGCAUAUUUGGCUGUCAUCACUGAGCUUCAAAGGUAAUCAUGAAAGAUUACAAAGGAGAAGCUUGCACCCCCAGAUGCCAUGUUUGGGGAAGAAAUUACAAAUUCCUUAUAUUCUACUGGAUCUCUGCGUAGUGCAGACACUAAGUCUGUUGGGGGCCAAUUAGUGAGAUACAAGAGUCAACUCCCAUCUUUCGCUUACUGAAUCCCUCCUAUUUUUGUAUAACAGAACUGCAGAAGAACCAACAAGGGAGCAUUUGGUUUGUGAGCUGUGAAUCUGUAGAUUACCAGAGCAAGGUUAUCCCAUAGCACUGCUAUAUCUCCUCUAAAUGUCUUGUUGACAAACUUGGAUUCAGGUUCGCUCAAUGCUCCAAUUAAACAUGUUUUUUUCUGUCUCCACCUUCACCGGCACUCAGCAUAAUAAAAAACAUUCAGCAUUCAGAGUUGAACCGUGUUCAGCUUUUGUAUGUAACACGGCACUCUUUGACUGACUUUUCUAUGGUCGCGUAGCAACAACACAUAAACAGCCUGCUGGAGAGGGAGCUGUCCAAAAUGGUGCAGCAGCCCACGCUUUAUAAAGCUCCUGGUCUGAGUGCUGCCUCCUCACCCCACACAUAAGCCGGUUAAUUAAAUUGUACAUUUGCAUUCACAGGAAGCAACAUAACAAAUUGGUUUUAUACAUUUUUAAUUCUUAAGAGUUGCACAAUGUUUCCAAUUUGCUGUAUCUUGAUUGUAUUUUUACCGAUGUGAAAUCUUUGUUGUUUUCAAUUUUGCAACAGUAUUAAUUAGAGAGUGCAUUUCUGAAAUUAUUUAAUAUUCAUUUGUGUUCCCUGAUGCCCCAAUCAAGUGAUAGUUCAUUAAUAAUUCAUCAAUAAACCAUACACUGUACCUCAUAUAUCCUCGGGAUAACUAUGCUGCAGUGGAGGAAUCAACAUGAGAGUUUGUGUUCAAAUAUAAUUGCACAGAAAGAUAAAAUGAACCAAGAAAGAUGUAUUCCUACUGUCAAACAGAGGCAGCUGGGUCAAUAUAAUGAUGCAGAUAAUAAAGCAUUCAAAGGUAACUGUGUGUUUGUUUGCACAGACACACAAUGUCCCAUUUCCUACAAACUUCUAACACAGAACAGGACUUUGUUCACUUGAUAAAAACAGAUUCUGACACUUAUUAAUUUGCAACGCUACCUCAUAAUGUAAUAGUGUCAUGCAUCUCUCCAGAUUGAACAUACUGUAGUGUCAUCUGCAUUUUGUCAGAAAGCAAUUACAAAGAGAGAAAGUGCAACGUGCUGUAUGUAAAUGGGCUAAUCUUCUUUUUGCCUCUAAUUUAUGGAUCCUUUUCCCUGAUUCUGUCAGCUUGAUUGGACCGUACAUAUUAGGGAGGCACAUUGAACCAUGCUAUUUUGAAUUCCCUUCUUCUUUUUUUCUUCAUGUGAAUCCCAGGGAGCCAACACAAGAAAAAGGGGGCGGCUUUCUCACAUGCUGAGGUUCAUAUAUCUGAAGGUAUUAUUCGUAAGAGCUCACAGUCUUGAUGCAUGGAUUCUUUUUGCUUGAUUUUCUUUUUUCUCAUUUUUUAUGAAUGAAGAUCUUUUGCUUUUUACUUUAUUGAGGAACUGCAGGGGUCCUUUCAUUUUAAGAGUAAGAAUAAAGUUGUUAUCUGAUUUAUGAUUACAUAAGUUUGCUGCUCCUGCAUCUCAUGUCUUAAGCACAGCUGCAAUCCUCCCAGUAAGUGUUUCACAUUUGCUGCUGUUCACAUCGAUCCAGGAAUGCAUUAUCUAUUUAUCCAUCUCACGGUGCCUUUUAAAGACAGUUAGUGAUCAAUAAAACAAAUUUGGCUUCAAAAAUAUACCAUAGAUUUUUUAUUUUAAUGAAAAUACAACUUCUGCCUCUGAGAUAAAAGGAGCUGAGUUCAAUGAUGUACUUCAAAGAUUAGGUCUACACAUGUAAAACAUAGUUUCUAAGUUUGUGCCUGUAUACUUUAUUAACUGCAAAUUUCCAUCAUUAGUGAUUUUUCUAUUCAACGGAGACCUAACCUCGAGUCAAAUCAAUAAUUUGUCUUGCUUUGUUGAUCUGUUAUGUAGAGCAUUUCUGAGCAAAAGAAUGCUAGGUUGAGCAUGCAGUGUAAAAAUUGUUAAUUACUCCUGCUCCUGUUACUCAUACACACCUUGUCGGAGUCUAUUUACCAUGCAUUUUCUGAAUGUCAUUACAGCUUCCAAACUGCAGGCUUACCACUGCUUCUAAGCACCUUUUUUAAGCAGCCGUUCCCCCAUACCUCAUACUGAUCUCUCUCUCUGACUCAUGCUGUUUAUAUCAAGUUUUAUUAACAGUGCUCCAUUAACUCUCUGUUUCAUUACUGUAGCCUCUGCAGUUGUUUGCUCAGCAUCUGUGCGUGUGCGUGUGCGUGUGUGUGUGUGUGUGUGUGUGUGUGUGUGUGUGUUAAUGUUUCAGAUAUAAGGGACUCUGAAGCUCGACCUGUAAUGGUCUACAUCCACGGAGGCUCAUACAUGGAGGGCACAGGGAACAUGAUGGACGGCAGCGUGUUGGCCAGUUAUGGGAAUGUUGUUGUCGUCACGCUCAACUACAGAAUCGGAAUAUUAGGUGAAGACAACUUCUCUGUGUGGUAACAUUUUCAUGGUAUUCUUGAGAGAGUAUUCAGAUCCUUAUAGAUUGAAAUUAAAGUAAUUUUUACUUGUGUUGUUCUUAUAAACUGAAAGGAAGGGGUUGGAGCCCAUCUGGGUUACUUAGGGUCAAUACUAACACUGAUGCAGGAGGUAAAAACAUAGACUGUAUAUAGAAUGGACGCCGUCUGCCUCCUCGCUGGGUGAAGCCACUCCGAGAACAGCACCCUCUGGUGACAGGCUGCAGUAUAGGUCAUAAAUCCCGCCUCCGCCAGCAAAGCUUAUAGAGUUGUGGACAAACUUUAGAAAAUUAUUACACAAAAUAUAAAUUUUUCUCCCCUCUGCUUGCGAUGUUGACAUGUAGUUAUUGUGAGACUAGUUUGUGUUCAAGUCCUCUUUUUUCUGUACAGCUCCAUUUUUAAAAGUUAUUAGGGGGUUCAUGUUUUCUAUGAUUGACACUUGAUACAGCCUAUGGACGUACGAAGAUCGCAUAGCUCACCCAGGGGAUACGCUGUUUGAGCCGAGCGUCAUCACAGGGACUCUCGGCGACUCUCCUGCCAAAUGCGUACAAUGCUACUGCGCAAUGUUGGUUUCAGGAAGUGGAGAAAAAACACAGAAUUACUGAGCGCUUUUUGGCUUCAAAUCUGUAUACUGGCGGAGGGCGAAACCAAGUUGUCCAUAGUAUAUACAGUCUGUUGGUAAAAAUACAUUGCUUUGUCAUAUUAACCCCUUUCACAUAUAGUAUACAUUCUUAAGGUGUUAAUAUUGGCACAAGUGAUUUAAACGUACGGUGAGUAAAAUAUCUAGCAAUUUCUAGCGAUCCGGUUUAAGAUUGAAACACUGCCUUAUUCACCCCUCCUGUCAUUGAAGCAGCAGUGACCUCUAACGACAAGAAGCUCCUGUGAUGCAUGAUUAGAAUCAUCCUCCAUUUGUCAAAUUUUUAUCAUCAGAAACGUCUAUCAAUACAAAAUAUUAUGAGCACAAACAUUACUUUCUUCUUUUUCUUCCUCGCCUCCCAACUAAUGCAUUUCUAAAUACAAAAACACAUUCGUGACAAGUUUGACAAUUCUGGCAGUGCAAGAUGACAGCCACCAUAGAGGGGGACCUGCUACUUAUGUAGAUAUCGACAUAGAAGUCUAUAGUUUAGUUUACACAAACAAAAUGAUUCUGUAUUCAGGUGAUAACUCACAAGUUCAAACACUCUUGUAAAUGUUUUAUUACAUUUCUACCUAGUGUGUCAACCAAAUGCAGCUAGAUACUAAACACUGUACCUUCAAGAUUAUAGUCUUGGUCUCUGGACAAAAACUCUAGUUUAUUUUAGACAAAUUUUCUGCCCUUUAUAAUUUUAGGCCAGUGUUGGCCAACGGCAUCUCCAAACAUUUUAACUCCGUUGAUAGAAAGUUAAAACUUUUAGCCAGAAUAUUUCUCCAAAUGGUUUCAUAUUGCCUUUAGAAAUAUACAGCUCAUUACCAGGGUUUAAACCUAUAAACACUUGAGUGUGAUCUUAAUGAAAAGGGCUGUAUUGCACUUUUGCAAUGGUCCCUAACUGUGCCUUUGGUGACAGGUGGGUUGUCACCACAGACAUUAAUUUCAUAACACUGUUAACUGCAUUGUCAUCAUGAAGUUAAUGAUUUGAGUUGAUCAAAACUGUAAAACAACUCAAUAAAAUGCUCUCUAGCAUAUCCCCAAACUCGGCUAAACUGAGGCUUUGACACAAAACUAUUAGAAUUUACAGUGAAGAAAAAAACAAAACAAAACAAGACAAAACAAAACAAAACAAAAAAAAGUAAGAAUAUCAAACUGAUGCCACUCAAGUAACUGUCUUGGGCUUUGUCACUGACAUGCAUUAAGUCAAAAUCAUCAAUGACAAUAGAAAAGAUGCUUGAACAAAGAGAAAACUUGUACCCCAGGUAAAAAAAGAAAAUAAACACUGUGCCCCUAAUGCAAUUUGACAGUUACAGGAAUACAUUACUCAUACUUAUGUGACAAAUUUGAUGCACUGUGGGGAACAUUUCAUGGAUUUUGAAUGUACAGCUACGCACCAAUUACACUUUAAUCUCUUGUUUCAUUGAUGGAAACAAAAACAAAUCUUCAUUUGAGGUUUGUCAGUGCUGCAUUUACAGCUUGUCAGUGGUCGGAAAGAAAAAGGUUGCUGUGAAGAGUUUUAUGAAACGGAAGUUAGUAUUAAAGCAUUUUAAUCAUAUGACAGAAGCAAACAAGUCCACCAGUGACAAGACUGAUUAGAUCAGUGUUGAAAUGAUCAAUAUCUGAAACCAGUGCUAAGGAGUAAGCGUUAGUCAGGUAGCUGAAGAAAAGUCCUUUUUUACAUUUCCAUGUUUAAUGUUCUCGAUGAAUUAUAUAUUUGAUUUUCAAAAGUCAGCGGGAUGCAAACAAGUCGGGUGAAAUAAGCAAAGACUGUUUUGUUCAGGGCACACAAACUGAGAGGUCCUCAUAGAAGCUUUAACUAAAUCAAUGCUGCAAAAUUUCAAUAAUUUUCAGAAGUUUUGCCACAAAAAUUGUUUGUUCACACUAGCUUGUCAGACAAGAGGAGAGAGAAGCAGUUUCGUAAACAGGACAUCAGUGUUUACAACAUCACAGUGGAUGAAGCAACAAAACCCACACUAUGAUAACAUUUUUUUCAAUAGAUAUGCAAAAUUCUGUAACAAUAACUUCUUGAAAAUAAUUCUCUGUCUUCAGGCUUGGUUUUUUUUAUUCAUCUUAUUACUUGAUGCUUUUUCAAAAUCGGCACUGCUCAUUUGAAGGGAAUUAAGUUCGGCUUUGACAGGACAAGACUUACAGCGACUUACUCUGAUGCAGUGAUCAUAAAGUGGUGGGGCCUGGUGUGCUAUUUUGCAGUGGGUCCCAAAAUCCCUAUUGACACGACUGCACACGAUAUAAACAUCAUUCCCCUGCCUGCUCUCUCACUCAGUUGCAGUAAAUUUGUUCCAGAUACUCAAAGCUGUGUCAUCAAAUCAGCUGAACUCAACUUCUGACUAAAAUUUAACAGGAGCUCACAGAAAAAAGUUUGAGAGAAUUUUUUGGCUGUUUGUGUUAACACAUGCAGCCCAUCCAAAAAAAUCUUGGGAAAUUUUCUGAAAUUUUGUGAAUGUGUGAAUACAGCUUUAAUGAAUAUCAUAACCAAAACAGUAGAUAAAUGAGCAUAUUUUGAAUAACUAUGCAAAUUUUUAGACUUUAUCUAUCACUGCAUCAUAAUAUCAUACCUAAAACAUUGUUCAAACCGCAAGUUCGCAUACUGUGAAACCUGGAAACAAGCCUUAAUACCAGUAAAUCAGAUAGUCCCACACUGACAGUGGGAUUAUCUGCCAAAUGAUGUAGCUGUCUGGCUUCGAAGGAGACAUAUGAAACAUGUAAUACAGCAUAUGAAUAAAUAAGCAGCUGAGAUCCUGGUAUGGUGAAACUUGAUUUACAUGGAAAUGUUGACCUCAGAGGAAAAGCAAUGCAAAUACAUGCCCUGUCCUUGUUGCAAACAAGCAGUUGUUAGACUCCUUCUGAAAACACUAUUUAUCUUCUGUCAGAUGGAUUUAUCUAAUCUGUACAAGAUAAUCAGCUCCUGCUGUUCUUGAAGAAAAAUGAGUUGAAUACUGUAUGGAGGGAUGCAGUAUUCACAAGCACUUACAAGGUCAAGAGUUUUUUUUUUAUUUCACGGUGUUUAACAUUCAAAAGAGUGCAGUGUUUAGAUGAGACAAGGCAGGGGAAUAAGUAAUGGGACCAAUUGUAAGAGAACCUGUGACCUCUGAGUGGUUCUCUGAAAUUUGAAAAAAAAGAAAAGGGACAAGCGAAGAUUUAUUUUUUAAUGCAUACUGAAUCUUAUAAAGUCACAUGGAAGGAGAGCAUGAUUUGAAGAGCAAAGCCCGUAUCACCUCCUGAGGGGCCUGGCUGCAUGGAGACUAUUACAAGGAGUUGACUAAAGUAGUGGAGACACUGUGGGAGAGAGCAGAGGCUUAUUUGCACCUGAGGGAAAACGGUGUCAGUUCAUUCUGAUGCCCUGCUGGGCUACAACUUUAGAUCAAAGCUGUGACAGAUACUGCGGAUCUCCUCUUCAGCACUGUUGUCUCUUCAUAUACCUUAGGCUUCCUCAGUACCGGGGACCAGGCAGCAAAGGGAAACUAUGGGCUCCUGGAUCAGAUCCAAGCGCUCCGUUGGAUCAGUAAGAACAUCGGUUACUUUGGAGGAGACCCAGGUCGCAUCACAGUCUUUGGAUCGGGAAUCGGUGCCUCCUGUGUCAGUCUGCUUACUCUGUCCCACCACUCUGAGGGUAAGAAUCUACCAGUCACAACCUUUAUUAUAUUAAUUGAGAUCUGUUUGAGUUAAGUUGAAGGCCCCUUUCGUUCCAUGAGAAGUGUCAGAAUCCAUAAAAACUUAAUAUGUAAGAUUUCAUUUUCUCACAAUUACAUUAAUUUCCUAUCUUCAAGAUGACACUUUUUAAACAAUAAUUUUUAAUCAUUUUGAAGUUUUCUUCUUAGUGUCAAGCACGGCAUUAAAUGUUCUGUCAGAGAGAUGAAGUGUUAUGAUAUGAGAGUAGGAUAAAGGGGUAUUUGUUAAGUAAGUGAUUGCUUUUGUUCCCCUCUACUCAGUCUAAUCAGCCUAAAAGCUUUUCCUCUUCAAUGUGGAGCUCUUAAAGAAGCCUACAGGCAUUAUAAAGUUUGCACCAUGUCAUCACACUCACCUGCAUCUCUCAGUUUUUUAAACCUCCAAAUGAUUCACAUUUCUGUCUCCUUGCUUCAGAUUUUUGUCUUACUCUUUUAUUCACCUGGAGGCAAUAAAGAAAACUUUUACAAAUUGUACCAUCGACAUUUUGAGUUGAGUUAUCUGUUAUUGGAAUCAAAAUAUAAUUUAGUACCAAGACUAAAUGAUUUUAUUUUUAAGGAUGUCCUCUAAUGUUAUUUUUAUCACUAUAUUGUAUUUCAAGGUGUCUUAAACUUCAUAUCUCUGUGUAAAUAUCAAAGUUAAUAAUAUCUAUAAAUGACCUUUGUACAUUUAAUUGCUAGAUUGGAUUUGUGUUGCUACAUAAACAUUUUAGAUACUAACAAUAGCAUCAUUAAUGAGCUUCCUGUGUACCUUUGAUGGAAUUCCACCAGGAAAUAAACCCAGUACAGAUAUCUAGAACCUGGCUUUGGCAAACUAUAAUCUGUAGAUAUCCACAACACCUUCAUAGAUGUCUGCAACUGAGUUGUUUCUAAUUAUAACUGUAGUUGUAGAUAUCUACCGACUGCUUUUAAUAAGUCUCGUGGGUAUGCCUAAUAGAUUUUUACCACAGUCACCACAGCAGUAAUGAUAAGUAACACCCGAGGAAGAAUGGUGUGGAUAUCUGAAAUUGAAGGCCCAAUACACAUGAGUGGCAAAAGGGACUCAUUUUUUUCCAGAUGCCUUAAUGAUAAUCAUUACUAAGGAUGUUACUGUGGAUACCUAAAAUACAGAUUUUAAAUCACAUAUUGUAUAUCCUCUAUUAAAUAUCCAGUCUAGCUAUUAGAACUAAAACAGCUUGCUAUUGUUAAAAAUGGAAAGAACAGUACUUCAGUAUAUUUUCUUUCCCAGCAGCGACUGCAAUCGUUCCUAUAUCCAUGUUUGUUGAUCGGAGUUUGUUUAAGGAUAAUGACGGAUCAGGAAAAACAGUGAAAAGCUUAAGGUGUAAACACUGACAAUAUGAUAUGUUGGCAUUUCUUCUUCAAAAUAGUCGAAAUCUGGUUCAUCUCUCACUGCAAAUAAAUGAAAUUAUCAGAAUUAGUAUCAUAAAUUUUGAUCAAGUUUUAUUCACUUCACUGGAAACUGGUUUCUAAUGUCCACUGAUAAGGAAAAAAAAGGAAAUUACCAGUUUUUCAGUUAAGCCAAUAUCGUAUCUUUUGGUCAGCACUUUCCCUAAGCUUCUUGCUACGGUCCAGGGUGCAUAUUUCACGACAGGUGACCCCCCAUGGGAUUAAACCUCUUAUCUGUGCUGUAUUAUUGCCUCCGUUGUCCCAUUGAAGCUGGACAGAAUCACAAGAAGGGCAGAAAUUGUGUUUUUUCAUCAAUGCUGGGGAGGCUGCGGCAACUCGUCUUUGUGAGGUUCCUAUUUGAUGCCCGAGCUCGGCUGCAGCAAAUUCACAAAGACCUCCGGCUGUCUUUGAAGUAGACUAGCUAGCUGCUGCUGCACCCUCUCCAAAAAAAAAAUGAAAUAAAUGACAGCAAAGGAGGUUGAAAGUGACACAGCUCCUGCACCCUUUUUCCAAUGACUGCUAUGCUGUAACCUCAGCACAGUGUUUGUGAGUUGAUACAUAUCACUUGUCAGUUUAGGUGGUAGAUACAAAAUCCCCUGAGACAGAGGUGACUCACUGCAUAUAAACAAUUCAACGGAGUGAUGUUUACUGUAUCAACAUUGAAGGAUCAGGGUUACUGCAUAUUCAGCUCCCUGCACAGACCCUCUACCGCACACUUGGCAUCAGCAGCCUAUACGUAAACCUAGCAGCUUGUUAGACACACAGCAUUAACGAUCCCACAAUUACAGCGCGCCUGUGAAUAACUGGAGUACAGAAGAGUAGACUCCUUCACACUGAAACAAUGCUAUGUAAUUAUUGAUCUGACUUCUGUACUGUGCAACCUGCUCGACAUUACUUAAAAUUAAAAAACGAAUCAAAUAAGAAAAGCUGUUUUUUUUUCUUUUACAUAAAAAUAACAAGAGAAUGAGCAACCAUCCCAAAAACAGUUUAUUUUGUCCACCACCUAAUAAACUCAGCAUCUGCUCAACAGUAAUGCUUAACGAUCUGACCUUGCAGUUUUACUCCAUCUACUAUUUAAACUACACUUUUUAGCAACUACAGACCUGUGACCUUAUUCUGAUUAAUUAUUAGUCCAAAGGUGAUUAGGCAAAUGACGUAAAUGUUUGUACUGACAAAAUACAUAUAUAAUUAUCUGACUGGAUUUCUGAAACCAGUACUGGGACAAAUUUAGAAGGCCAGUUUACUGAUAUGGGUGAUAUAGUCAAUGUCUGAGGUGCUGCCAUUAUGCCUCUCCAAAUUGGCUCAAGAGCUUGCUAUCUCAAAAAGAUAUAAUUCACUACUCUUUCAUAUUGUAAUCCUUCAUAAUCCAAGCCUUGCAGACCAGCUGUCAGGUCAACUUCAAUGCUGAGAGUAUUUUUAACUAUGAAGAAGAGAAAGUGCAAUAUGUCAUUGUUUUGAAAGCACCUCAUAUGUUGUUUUCUGAUGUAAUGUUCUGAAAAAAAAAAAAGGUAUUUAUAUAGACACAAAAAUAUAUGUCCAUACCAAUGUACCUCAAAUAGACCUGACAAUAUCAGCCUCUACCAACCAGAACUUGAAAUACUAAUCACUGUUUUCUGGACUUUUUUUGUGUCCUGUGUCUUUCUGUUCUGAAUCUUGUGUUUCAAGGUUUGUUCCACAGAGCCAUCAUCCAAAGUGGGUCGGCUCUGUCCAGCUGGGCUGUCAACUACCAGCCGGUGAAGUACACCCGCAUGCUGGCUGAGAGGGUGGGCUGCAACGUGCUGGACACAGUGGACAUGGUCUCCUGCCUACAGAAGAAAAGUGCGAAAGAGCUGGUGGAGCAAGACAUCCAAGCUGCCCGAUACCGAGUGGCUUUCGGUCCUGUCAUCGAUGGAGACGUCAUCCCUGAUGACCCGGAGAUCCUGAUGGAGCAGGGAGAGUUCCUGAACUAUGACAUUAUGCUGGGUGUCAAUCAGGGAGAGGGGCUGCGCUUUGUGGAGAACGUGAUGGACCUCGAGGACGGCGUGUCUGGCAGUGACUUUGACUUUGCUGUGUCAGACUUUGUGGACAGUUUGUAUGGCUAUCCAGAAGGAAAAGACACACUGAGAGAGACUAUUAAAUUCAUGUACACAGACUGGGCGGACAAAGACAACCCAGAGACUAGAAGGAAGACCUUGGUGGCUCUCUUCACUGACCACCAAUGGGUAGAGCCCUCAGUGGUGACAGCCGACCUCCACGCCCGUUACGGGUCACCCACAUACUUCUACGCCUUCUACCACCACUGCCAGAGCCUGAUGAAGCCGGUAUGGUCGGACUCCGCACAUGGAGAUGAGGUUCCUUAUGUUUUUGGGAUCCCCAUGGUGGGUCCCACUGACCUGUUCCCCUGUAACUUCUCCAGGAAUGACAUUAUGCUCAGCGCUGUGGUUAUGACUUACUGGACCAACUUCGCCAAGAGCGGGUGAGUAACCACAAACUCAAGAGAAAUCCAUAACUGAUAUUUCAAGUUGCAUAUUGCAGUACCCUAAUUUUUCACUCAUUUCUGCUUUAAACAGUGCACACUUACUCUUACUUAUUCAAUCAUUUAUCAGUUGGCCAAUGUUUGCAUUAAAUCCCAACAUAAAUAAAAGAUUGUACUCUUUGCCUAAUAUGAAUAAAAAGACAAAAACAAUCCACCAUAGGUAUGCACUUGGCAACAGGGGCAGGGAAAUAGAUUAACAGAAAGGGCCCUCAAGCCAAACCAAACUCGUUGGUAAACAGCCAUCUACUGCAACCAGAUAAGCCAGGAAGGUUGGCCAAAGAGAGAGAGGGCAAGAAGGGCCAAGACAGAAAAAACAGACCUUAAAAAGUUAGACUGAUGUAAACUGUAGAAGACAGCUUUAUUUUAUUCUCAACUCAGCUGCAUAUCCACAUAAAGUGAUGAAACUGUAGAAUAUUAAUAGCGCACGCAAUCUGAGGAAAGCUGUGUCUUUUUAAAUACCAUGUUGUCUCUUCUCUAAAGAGCCGGUUUAGCCUUGGGGAGAAACUCUUUUUUACACACACAACAAAGUUUCAUCACACUGGGCAGACUUCCUAAAGGUGAUGGAAUCUUUAAAAUUUACAGCUUGACUCACAUAAAUGUUUAAAACCCUGUUGGAUGAAAUGGUGGUGUUGCAGAGAAAAUUUGAAGAGGCCUUUACGGUGUUCUUCAUAAACCUCAGAGAGUAGUUAGUUUAAGAGGUGGUGGCGCAAAUAAUCAAUGCCAAAAGGCAUUUGCAUAUUGUAUUUACAUUUGUUUGUAGUACAAAACAAUUCUGCUUAAUAUAGCUGUCUUUGUGGAAGGAACCAGUCUUGAUACCUUCAUUUACUGGACACUUCUGAAUUACCUUUGGUUUCACAGAGAGAAAUAACAGUUUCACAUAUGUAGUGUUGCGUACAUUUAUUGGUUCCCUCUAUAUUUGUAUGUGCUGUUGAAUAAUAAUUGAAAAGGGGACCUUUUGAAGUAUUUUUGGAAAAGCGGGACAGUUUUCCAGCUUGAUGAAGUUUUCAACCCUCAGAGUUUAUCACCCAAGUCAGGCUAUGAUCCAGUGUUGACGGCGUUUACACUCACACUGACUCAGCACUGGAGUAUCAUGCUGUUGAAAGUGCACCAAAGUAAAACCUUGCAGCUCUUCUUCUGACAGCUUGUUAUAUCAUUUGUCAUACAGAGGUUAAGAUUUCCCAUGUGUUUUUGAAGAUAAGAGACACCUUAUUGAGUCACGCUGUAGUGGAGGACUCCUCCGAUGCCCUUGCUGCAUUCUAAAUGCACAGCUGCAUUGAGUGUGAAGGGAGGAGGACCCUCAGCAGCAGGAGGAGGCACAGCUCAGGUCACUGUGGGCUGCUGUUUUAGUGUGACGACAUGAGGUAAUGCUGAGCCCUUGAGGACAGACGGUGAUAUUACAUUGUGUUGACCUCCUUAUUUUGCCCUUCCAGUCUUUUUCCCCUCUUUUACUUUUAACACACAGGCCAUCUGUUUCCAUUUGUGUUCAGAAAUCAGCAUUGUACUGAUCCAGCUAGGGCUUAGCGGUGGUUAAAGACAUUAGCACAACAUGAACCAGUCUGUUUUCUGUGACAGAACAAAUCAUGGUAUGGCAAAUACAAUCAGUAUUACAGUUAAAAUUAGCAAGAAAAAAUGUUCAGAGGGAUUUGUUACACUUCACAUAAUACAAAGAAAUCUACUUGAAAAGAUCUCCAGGAAAUUUUAAUUACAUCUCGCUCUUAAUCCUAAUGAACCACUGGAAACCCACCAUAGCCUUCUAACCAGCCCAUUUAGGGUCAUCAACCCUUCAGCAAACCUAUAAAAAAUAGAAAUUAGUGACAAAUUUCAUCACAUCUCAAAGAUAUCCAAGGUUAGGGUUAAAACCGGAUGAGAUUUACUGAGAAGUUUAUUGCAAAAUCGUGUAUUUAAUUAGGCAAAGCAGUUAUGAAAACAGUCAUACCUAGCUAUUUGGCAAACAACAUCAACCAUGAGUGAUAUUUGUAAAAUGUUAACAUGCCUGGGUUGGCUGUUGGUUGAUAAGAGGUGUUUUUCAGCUGUAAAUGAUCCAUAUUUUGUGAUUGCUGAGGGUGUUGAGACCACCAAUGACAUUUGCUAACACCUUCAGAAAUAGCAUCUAGCACAGGGGAUAGGGGUCUUAGCUCUUGGAUGUGUGACGUUUUUAUUCACUGUUAUUUUUGUAUCACUCAUGUUCUCUCUCUCUUUAACUCAUCUACAGGGAUCCAAACAAGCCGGUUCCACAGGACACAAAGUUCAUCCACACCAAGGCAAACCGCUUUGAGGAGGUGGCCUGGUCCAAGUAUGAUCCAUACGACCAGCUGUACCUUCACAUUGGCCUCAAGCCUCGUAUCCGUGACCACUACCGUGCCACCAAGGUGGCCUUCUGGAAACACCUGGUACCUCAUCUUUACAACCUCCAUGACAUGUUCCAUUACUCCUCCACCACCACGAAGGUCACCCCUCUGGAUCCCACCCAGUCCAACGGGAAGAGAUCCGGCAGCACUGGUCGACCUCCGGUAUCCUCUGGCCACAGUGAGGGUGAGGGUGGGAGAGAGAUGGGACCACUGAUCAUGCCGAACCCGAGAGAUUACUCAACAGAGCUCAGCGUCACCAUAGCUGUAGGGGCAUCAUUGCUCUUCCUGAAUGUCCUGGCUUUUGCCGCACUCUACUACCGAAAGGACAAGCGCAGUCGUCAGGACACAUCCCAGCAGCCCAGUCCCCAGCGUGACAGCAAGGGCAACAACGUGAGCCACACCAACACCAUAGACGAGACCUUGUCAUCCCAGCAGCGGAACCAGUGCGAGGCCCUCCACAAUCCUCUACAUGUCUCACCCAGCUUGGACUACUCAGCUCUCAGCCAGCGUCGCUCCCCUGACGACAUCCCUCUGAUGACCCCCAACAACAUCACCAUGAUCCCCAACUCCCUGAUGGGCCUGUCCAACAUGAGUCCGUACAGCACCUUCCCCGCUGGUUACAGCUCUGCAGGCCUGCCCAGCACCCACUCUACCACACGGGUAUAG